UCUUCUCGUUCAUCAUUAUAUUUUCCCCAGCUUCAACCCCUGCACCUUUCUAGGAAACGUCUUUUCUUUACGUCUCAGACUGCCAUCCUACAGUCACUCCAUAAUGCUUGACAACAUCUCACUGACAUCCCCAGGAUGUGGCACAACCUCUCCGCCCUCUUCGACAAACUCUCCGUGGACCCCAACGUCCGCGCCGUAGUCUUCUCAGGCGCAGGCCGCGCCUUCACAGCGGGGCUAGACGUGCAGGCCGCCUCGGAGGGCGCAACCUUUGCCCCACCGACCACCGACAGCGCACGCAAGGCCAACGGCCUGCGCCGCCACAUCCUCGAGUUCCAGGACUGCAUCACGUCGCUCGAGAAGUGCGAGAAGCCCGUCAUCUGCGUCAUGCACGGCAUCUCGUUCGGGCUGGCGCUCGACAUGAGUCUGUCGUGCGACGUGCGCAUUUGCACGGCGGACACGCGAUUCAGCGUGAAGGAGGUCGAUAUUGGGCUCGCGGCUGAUAUCGGCACGCUGUCGCGCCUGCCCCACGCUGUUGGAAACAUGAGCUGGAUCAAGGAUGUUGCUCUGAGUGCGCGGAUCUUUGGGGCAGACGAGGCGCUGCGCGUUGGUCUUGUGAGCCGUGUUGCUAAAGAUAAGGAGGCCGCGCUCAAGGAGGGUCUUGAAUUGGCUACACUCAUUGGAUCGAAGUCGCCCGUCGCUGUGCUGGGCACAAAAGAAAUCUUGAACUACAGCCGCGACAAGACAGUAGCCGAGGGACUGAACUACACUGCGGUGUGGAACGCGGCCAUGCUGCAGACAAAUGAUGUCAAAGAGGCAAUGCUGAGCGGGAUGCAGAAGCGAAAGGUGAAGUUUGCCAAGCUAUAGACUCCCAGUACAGCAGUAAACGCAUAAGCGGGGAAGACAAUUGAGCUGAAAAAUAGACAACAAAACAGAAAUUCGCUUCACUCGAUGGCAUGAGACAUGUGCAAGACCAACCUGCUCGAACUACCCCCACACACAUG